AACAUUAAUAUUGUGAAAUAUUUAUUGGAGCAACUGCAGAUGAUCUAUAAUCAAUUAACGGACAAAAAUGAAAUUUGUAUUAUAAGAAAGUAUGGCAAAUAUGGAAAACGUUACACGGUUGGAUUAAUAUGUAAGAUAACUGUUUUUGUUAAAUUGAUUGCCAUCUUUACUAUACCCAUUCCACUUUUGUAUCCAUUCUGGUUGUACAUUUUCGAUUCUCCAUUAAUUAUAAAUGACUCUCGACCACGUUUUCCGCUUCCACAUAGUACUGAGUAUUUUGUCGAUCAAAAAAAAUAUUUCUAUUGGAUUUUAUUGCAUGCAAACGCAGCUCUAUUAAUAGAAAUAGUUGCAAUAUUAGCGACAGGAUCUAUAUUUUUAGUCUGUCAACAAUAUGCCUGCGGGAUGUUUCGAAUUGCCAGAAUCGCUUGCAGUUAUCGUAUUGAACAAUCACUGGUAGUUGAUAUAUUACAAGAAGGUAGUCUACAAAACAAGAAUAUGAUUUACAAGAAAUUGAUUCGUGCCGUGGAUAUGCAUCGCGAAGCCAUGAGAUUCUCAGACUCAUCCAUAUCCAGAUUUAAAGUAAUGUUCUCCUUUAUGAUAACAGCCGGAGUGAUUAGUACAAGUCUCAAUCUUUUUCAAAUUUCUCAGAUACUGUCAUUCGGAUAUGAUGUCAAAAAACUUUUAUUUCCUUUAAUACGUGUGAUAACUUUUAUGUUCUACAUGUUUAUAGCAAAUUAUGUUGCGCAAAAAAUUAUAGAUCAUAAUAAUGUUGUGUUUGCCACUGCAUACAAUAUUCAGUGGUAUACAACGUCUUUAAACGUACAGAAGAUGAUACUAUUCCUCUUACAAAGAAGUACCAAGAUUUUCUCUUUAAAUAUUGCUGGAUUGUUUGAGGGAUCAUUGGAAAGUGCAGCUAUGUUGUUGAGUACCGAAAUAUCAUACUUCACCGUUCUUUACUCGACGCAAACUUGUUGGUUUAGAAUUAACAUUAAUAUUGUGAAAUAUUUAUUGGAGCAGCUGCAGAAGACUUAUAGUCAAUUAACGGACGAAAAUGAAAUUUGUAUUAUAAGAAAGUAUGGCAAAUACGGAAAACGUUACACGGUUGGAUUAAUAUUAACUAUAAAUGACUCUCGACCACAUUUUCCGCUUCCACAUAGUACUGAGUACUUUGUCGAUCAAAAAAAAUAUUUCUAUUGGAUUUUAUUGCAUGCAAACGUAGCUCUAUUAAUAGGAAUAGUUACAAUAUUAGCGUCGGGAACUAUACUUAUAGUCUAUCAACAAUAUGCCUGCGGGAUGUUUCGAAUCGCCAGUUAUCGUAUCGAACAAUCAGUGACAUUCGAUACUUCACAAAAGGGCAGUCUACGAAACAAAAAUUUGAUUUACAAGGAAUUGAUUCGUGCCGUGAAUAUGCAUCGCGAAGCCAUGAGAUUCUCAGACUCAUCCAUAUCCAGAUUUAAAGUAAUGUUCUCCUUUAUGAUAGCAGUCGGAGUGAUUAGUACAAGUCUCAAUCUUUUUCGAAUUUCUCAGAUGCUGUCAUUCGGAUAUGAUGUCACGAAACUUUUAUUUCCUUUAUCACGCGUAAUCACUUUCAUGUGGUAUAUGUUUAUAGGAAAUUAUGUUGCGCAAGAAGUUAUGGAUCAUAAUAAUAAUGUGUUUAUCACAGUAUACAAUAUUCGGUGGUAUACAACUUCUUUAAACGUACAGAAGAUGAUACUAUUCCUAUUACAAAGAAGUACCAAGAUUUUCUCUUUAAAUAUUGCUGGAUUGUUUGUGGGAUCAUUGGAAGGUGUAGCUAUGUUGGUUUAUGGCCCUAUCAGCAAUCAAAAUUCGUUCGCCUUCAAAUAUUCUUAUUCUUUAGCAUUUUGA